AUAUAUAUCUCUCCUCUAUAUAACACCAACAUCACCACAAUUAAUCCUUAUCUGAAGGAGCAAAGAUGGCCAAAGCGACCUUCCUGCUCAUGCUAGCCCUCCUCCUGUGCUGCACGCUAUCCUACGCUGGCCGCCGGGAGAAAACUCCGGCGAAAACCCAACAUGGGGGUGUGGAAGAUGAUCAUCAGCAUGUUGAGGUGGCCGAAGAGAGCUGUGAAGGAGUUGGAGAAGAAGAGUGCUUGAUGAGGCGAACCCUCACUGCUCAUGUCGACUAUAUUUACACCCAAAAGCAGAAGCCAUAGAAGCUUUCCUUCGCUGCCUUGUUUGGCAAGAGAGGAGUUUAAUUAGUUUCUUUGAUUGCUUUCGUUGGGUUUAGCAAUAACUAAAUGAAUAUUAUAUAUACAUAUAUAUCUUCCAAUUCA